UUUGUUAUAAAUUCAGGUUAAUUCAGUUUUAACAAUAGAAUCGAAAAAAUUCUAAAUUUCAGAGAGGGUUAGGGUUGGGGUUAUUGGGGAAGCGAAACGUGAAUCGAUUGACGACUAGUAUCAAGUAUUCAAUUAAUCAAUUGGCGCUGGAUUCGGAAGAAAAAGGUGCGAUUGUGGGUUUGAGGAUUGAGGAAUAAGCGAAAGAAGCUAAGAAGAAAGACGAUGAGGAGGUCGGGGAUGAGGGUGGUUGCGACGGUGUCUGUGUUGUCCUUAAUCUUUCUAUAUUGGAACUGGAGGGGGGUGAGGGUGGGACCCACUGGAGUGGAAGCGUCGAAUUCCGUGUCUGCCUUUGUUCAGAACGCUAUCUACUCCAACCGCAUCACCAUCUUCUCCAAAUCCUAUUGCCCGUAUUGUUUGCGUGCCAAACGCAUCUUUGCUGAUCUGAACGAACACCCUUUUGUGGUCGAGCUUGAUCUCCGAGAUGAUGGGUAUCAAAUUCAGAGUGUGCUUCUUGAUUUGGUUGGUAGAAGCACUGUCCCACAAGUAUUUGUCAAUGGAAAACAUAUUGGUGGAUCAGAUGAUCUCAGAGCUGCAGCACAGAGCGGUGAAUUGCAGAAACUUCUCAGUUCAACUUGACAUAUUGUUAAUGCCAAAAUUAUAGUUAGAUUCUCUGUCUUGUUAUUUCGAGGGGUCAUUCUAUAAUAUCUAUAGGAAAGGUUGAGGAGCUCGAAUUGAUUUCCUUGGUUUAAUGCUUAUUAUAAAGAUACAAAAUAUCGAUAUACUCGUUGUGGAGCUGGAAAAUGGAAAUUAUAGAUAUGGAUCAUUGAAGACAGUGAAACAACUAUUAAGCCUGCGAGGAGUGUUAGGAUCGGCAACUUUUGUGUUUUGUAACCAUCAAUUGGCCAUCAAUGGUGUGAGAUUAUAUCCAAUGGUGGGAGAUUAUUCAUUUUUUCUUUUGAUAGUUAAGUGCUGGCCACAAAACACAAAAGUUGCUGGCCCUCUAAACUUUCUCUAAGCUAAAUUCUAUCA